AUGAACUGAACGUAGUCCUUGAUAUUUUCAUGGCGCGUUUUAAUUUUUAAUAAAAGAUGUGCUCUAUAAGUUAACAUUAAAAUUAAUAAUUUAUUGUAGUUAUAGAUACAGUUUUAGUUAUUCCGUAAUACAAUUACCAAAUUGGCGGUGGGCAACUUAAUGCUGCAGUGUUUACUCAGUUAUAGGUUAUGUUAGGGUCGAAUCCAUAUUUUAUAAAGAGACCUUAUUUAUAAUGACGGAGGGCGAGUCUAGUAACAAUACGCGGACGGUGGCAGUGCCGUGCCCGUUCGUGAAGAGGAAAGUGGAAUGCGUGGGAGCGGCGUUCCUGAGAUACUUUAAUAUAAAAUGCCACGGCGAGGAUGCUUUGUUCGAAACGUCCCAGGCGAAUGAGAAGUCGGAGGAGGUGGUGUUCGAGGAUGACGUGGAGUACCUGCGGAGCCUGGACCCUAAGGAAUGGAAGCAGCAGGACCACUACGCGGUGCUGGGUAUGAAGCAGCUGCGGUACAGAGCGACGGACGAUGACAUAAAGCGCGCGUACAGACAGAAGGUGCUGCGCCACCACCCGGACAAGCGCAAGGCGCAGGGCGAGGACGUGCGCAGCGACGACGACUACUUCACGUGCAUCACUAAAGCGUACGAGACGCUGGGCACGCCCGCCAAGCGCCGCUCCUACGACUCUGUAGACCCGGAGUUCGACGACUCUGUACCAACGGCUAGUGAUGUUAAAAAGGAGGGUUUCUACAAAACGUUUACGAAGUUGUUUGAGCAGAACGCGCGCUGGUCGGAGAAGCGCAACGUGCCGCUGCUAGGGGACGAUGACAGCCCACGCGAAGCCGUCGAGCGGUUCUACGCAUUCUGGUACGAGUUCGACUCGUGGCGCGAGUUCUCGUACCUUGACGAAGAGGAAAAAGAACGCGGGCAGGACCGGGAGGAGCGGCGCUGGAUCGAGAAGCAGAACAAGGCGGCCCGGGCUAAGCUGAAGAAGGAGGAGAUGGCGCGGAUCCGGUCGCUGGUGGACCUGGCGUACGCACACGACCCGCGCGUGCAGCGCUUCAAGCAGGAUGAUAAGGACAAGAAGCUCGCUGCCAAGCGCGCCCGACAGGAUGCCGUACAAGCAAAGAAAGCUGAAGAAGAAAGGCUCAUAAAGGAGGCGCUGGCGGCCAAGCAGAAGGCAGAGGAGGCCGAAAGGGCGCGGAUAGAGGCUGCUCGUGCCGAGAGGGAGCAAGUUAAGAAACUACUGCGGAAGGAACGUAAAGCUCUCCGAGACACGUGCAAGGCCAACAACUACUACGCACAGACGGACGACGAGACCGUCGCCCACAUGGCCGCCGUCGAGAAGAUCUGCGAGAUGAUGAAGGUCCUCGAACUGCAGCAACUCGUCAAGAAACUAGAAGCCAACGGCCGGGAAGCCUUCCUCCAGACUGUCAAGGAAGCCGAAGACAGGCUCGAAGAAGAACGACAGUCACUCUUCGAAACCAAGAAAGAACAAGAACAGAAAGUCAAGAAAGAAAUAGCAUCCAAACUACCCAUGGAAUGGUCCGUUGACAUGACACAGUUACUCAUCAAAGCGGUCAACUUAUUCCCAGCCGGCACUAACCAGCGAUGGGAUGUUGUUGCCAACUUCCUCAAUCAACAUGGAACGUUCAUAGAUGACAGACGUUUCAACGCUAAAGAAGUACUCGCUAAAGCUAAAGAUCUACAAAGCUCAGAUUUCUCUAAAAGCAGCCUCAAGAAAGCCGCUAACGAAGAAGCGUUUGAUACAUUUGAGAAAGAAAAGAAGAAAGCGGUCAGCGUUGAUGACAAUAGUAUAUCCAAGAGCGACAGUGGAUCGAAGCUAGUCAACGGCACAGCUAAACCUAAAAUGAACGGAGAUGUAGCAAAAGAGCCUAAAGAAGUCAAAGAAGUAGCCUGGACGAAAACUGAGCAGGAAUUGCUCGAGCAAGCCAUCAAGACCUUCCCGGUCAGCACUCCAGAGAGAUGGGACAAGAUAGCGGACUGCAUCCCAAACAGAUCCAAGAAGGACUGCAUGAAGCGAUACAAGGAACUAGUAGAAUUAGUGAAGGCCAAGAAGCAAGCCGCCAACUUAGCUAAAUAACAUUAAAUGACGCCUAGUUCUGUAUCAAAUUGUAAAAUACAUAUUUUUAUGGGAUUGAAGUGA